UCCCCACCUCCCUCCUCCCUUUUUCUCUCUUAAACCCACACCCUGGUGCAGACCUAGACGUGCAGAAACCAGAAGACACUCACAGCCUUGUCUACCUCCAUCUCUUUCCAACCUUGCCCCGGAGGAUUAAAGCACACUGCUGUGUGGAACAAAGCAACUAUGUCUGACAAACCUGACCUGACAGAGAUCACCUGCUUCGACAAGACCAAACUCAAGAAGACUGAGACGAUAGAAAAGAACCCCCUGCCAACCAAAGAGACCAUUGAACAGGAAAGGAAAGGGGACGCAACGCCUUGAUGUGACUUGGUGAAGAGGCCGUGAGGAGGAAAACAGGAGAGGAGGCAGAGAUGCCACCAACAAAAGCACUUUGUUUGUCUCAGUAUUCUACUUGAAGUUACUUUGUAUUGUAUAACAGGGUGCUGUAGGGCCCUGGGAGAUGCAGUAGUGGAGGAGGGUACAUGGGAUGCAUCCCUAAUGUAACCCCAUUCCUUAUAUAGUGCAAUAAUAUUGACCUGGUCCACUAUAUAGAGAAUAUGGUGUCAUUUGGGACACAGAUUGAUAUCUUCACAGUGGUCUAUCUGUCAUCAGGGGAAUAUAGUUAUAGCCAGUAUUGGGCCAGAAACAACACCUAACCCUUACUCCGUAGACUCUACCUAGCCUCUAACUCUUUACUCCCUACCCUCAACCCCUUUACUCCUUAGCCUCUACCUAGCCUCUACCCCUUUACUCCCUAGCCUCUACCCCUUUACUCCCUAGUCUCUACCUAGCCUCUACCCCUUUACUCCCUAGCCUCUACCCCUUUACUCCCUAGGCUCUACCUAGCCUCUGCCCCUUUACUCCCUAGCCUCUACCCCUUUACUCCCUAGCCUCUACCCCUUUACCCCCUAGCCUCUACUCCCUAGCCCUUACCCCCUAGCCUCCACCCGUUUACUCCGUAGCCUCUACUCCCUAGCCUCUACCCUCUAGCCUCUACCCCUUUACUCCCUAGCCUCUACUCCCUAGCCUUUACUCCCUAGCCUCUACCCCCUAGUCUCUACCCCCUAGCCCUUACCCCCUAGCCCUUACCCCCUUACUCCCUAGCCCUUACCCCCUUACUUCCUAGCCCUUACCCACUUACCCCCAAGCCCUUACCCCCUAGCGUGUACCCCCUUACUCCCUAACCCUUACCCCCUUACUCCCUAGCCCUCACCCCCUUACUCCCUAGCCCUUACCCACUUACUCCCUAUCCCAUACCCCCUUACUCCCUAACCCUUACACCAUUACUCCCUAGCCCUUAUCGCCUAGCCUCUACCCCCUUACUCACUAGCCCUUAUCGCCUAUUCUCUACCCCCUUACUCCCUAGCCCUUGCCCCCUAGCCUCUACCCCCUAGCCCUUGCCCCCUAGCCUCUACCACCAUAACCCUUACCACCUAGUAACCCUUACCCCCUAGCCUUCACCCAGUCAAGUCAGGCAUCCAGGCUAAGAGAGGUCGGGGAGAGGAAGGUGGGGGGAUUAUGGAGGUGUUUUCAUAAUUCACUUUUUACUUUUCUUUAUGAAAUAAAGACA